AUGUCACUUUCAGAUAAAACUGUGAAAUCGCUACGACAGUUACUUAAGGAGAAAUACACAGCUGAAGAUGAACUCAAUGAAUCCAUAGCACUAUCAAGUAUGCGAUUUCAUCCGUCACAAGAGUUAGAGUCUCAACCACUAAGCCAGCGGUCCCUGCUCAAAACUAAAUUAAUUCAACAUAGUGAUGAGGAUGCUCCAAGUUACAAUCGUGUGCUUAUAUCAAAAUUAUCAUGCAAAAAAAUUUCCAAUUGUGCAAUUCGUGGGGGGGAUAUCGAAAUUAUGGGUAUAUUAAUGGGAUUUACAAUAAAAGACCAUAUUAUUGUGAUGGACUGUUUUGAUCUUCCUGCAGUAGGAACAGAAACUCGGGUAAAUGCACAAUUGGAAUCAUACGAAUACAUGGUUCAAUACAUUGAUGAAAUGUAUAAUCAUGAUGAUAACGGCGGUGACACACGAGGUUAUAAGGGGGCAAAACUUAACGUCGUUGGUUGGUUCCAUUCACAUCCUGGUUACGACUGUUGGUUAAGUAAUAUAGACAUCCAAACUCAGGAUUUGAAUCAAAGAUUUCAAGAUCCAUAUGUGGCAAUUGUGGUAGAUCCCUUGAAAAGCUUGAAAAAUGGAACCUUAAGAAUGGGUGCAUUUAGGACAAUGGCAAAUCAAAAUGGUGACAAUAAUUCACCCUCCUAUUAUGAACUAGACACGAUAAUUUUUGAUUCAGAUUUGAAUCGGGCAUUAUUUGAAACAAAAUUAAAAUUAAAUUGCGUAGUAGAGGAAGAUGAUUCAGAACAAGUAUAUUUAAAUAGGUUGAUUGAUUCGAUGAAGCAGUACAGCUAUCUAGUGGAUUCCAGAAAUGUAAGAACAAGGAUGAAGUUAGCUACUACUCACGAAGAGGUUAACGACGAGAGCAAAAAAAUAAUUGACGAUCAGAAUCAUUCAACAAGAUCACAGUUCUACUGCAAUACCCAGAAGGGGGACAGUACUGAAACAAGCUCCUUUGUCAGUAUGCUUUCAGGGGAUAACACCAGUGAUGUAGAUAUGGAGGAUAGAAACCUCACCGAAUUCGAUAGUACGGACACCAGUCUGUUCACAAGUAUUGAGCCGAGUCUUCAUGUAAAUCACACGGAAAGAAACAGCAGAUCUAAUGAAAACUUCCAUAAUUUAAGAAGUCGUUUCAACAUCACUCAGGAGAGACCUAAUGAUGAAUGCAAUGAUCUACUACAAAGAAACGUGUUGGAGGCAGAUUAUGCAAGAGCAAAAAACCGAAUACUUGCUUCAAAGAUAAAGCAGUACGAACGAUUGCGGUUUUACAAGGACACUUUCACGCUCUAA